UACUCGGUAGCCAUUUGCUGCCUGUUGCUUCCCUUGCAUUGGCUGUCGUUGUGGUUGCAGCAGGAGUGCUUUUAUUAUUUUGCCUAUUGCGUUGCUGUUAAAGUUGCUUGUUUGUUUCAUGAAGUAAGAUCGUAUAUAAUCAUGAGCAGCAAAACGUCGAAUCGUGGCUUCGGUUACGGGUGCCGUGAUACGCCGGACGUGUUCAACAAAUACUUGGAACAGAUGGGCUUCUACCGUAAGCAUGUCGCUACCGAUUCUUCCUCCCUGUUCCGUGUCGUAUCGGAACUGCAGUACGACAUACAGCUGUACCACAGUAAGGUGCGCGCUGAAUGUGUGAAAUUCAUGUCGAGCCACAAGCCGCUGUUCAUCAAGGAUAUACGGUACGGAUUCGAUGCGUACGUGACCAACAUAGCCCGGCCGCGGACGUACGGCAGUCUGGUGGAGCUAAGGGCGCUAGCAUUGCAUUACAGAGCGAACGUCUUCCUGUUCGAACCGUACACCGAAGGUAAGUGGUACAUGUACAACUCGAAGAACACGGUGACAUGGAGAGUUUUUAUCGGUCGUGACAAUCAUUUCGAUGUGGUUUACCCACUUGAGGAGAUCAAAUCAGCAGCAAUCUGCCAAGCGCUAGUGUAUCAACUGCUUUACUCGAAAGUGCUAGCCCUGCCCGAUGUCGAGUACGCGGUCGAGCGUAUGCUGCACGAUCCACAGGAUAAGCUGAUCCGGUACGAAAAGAACAAAGCCGGUACGACGGUUGCCCUUACCGAGGACGGACGUCGGCUGGAGCUGACCAAACCGGGCCGCGGUACGACGCGCUGUGUGCUGAAACACCCCCAUCUGUGCCAUUUUCACAAUCAAACCAACUUUCCCUUCAUCGAGCGAUUUUUCGUGGAGCACGGCCCGGAGGAAGGGUGCCGGGUGUACAUUGGCAGCAACUUCCGCUACACAGCGAACAAAUCGAACCCGCUGCUGCGGGAAGCGAAAGUUUCCUGUGUCCGGCAGCUGCUCGCGUCCGGCAUUACGCCGUUCCCGUACAAGGUGGCUAAAGCGCUCGAUCCCAACAUCUAUCGCAAUGUGGAGUACGACGUGUGGCAGGACAUACGGGAGGAACGGAUGAUACAAAUGCUUGGGAUUGACAAACGUUUUCAUAAUUUGAAGUUUGGCAAACGAUUGAAACAUGUUACUCCACUACACAUGCUCGAGAAAGAGAUGAAAUUUAAAGCGGAAGUUGUUAUGGCCGAUCUGAAUGCUUCAGAGCCAGCGCAGAACGCUACCGAGCCGGAAGCUGAAGGUUUAGAAUCCGACUCACCACUCACAGUUGCCCCAUACCCGAUGCCCAGCAUCUACUUUCCAACGCCUGAUCAGUUUGGUUACAACACUGUCGGUAUAAUACCUUCCGAUGCAAACCAUUUAACGCUGGCGGAUGCGAUCGGUGUACCAACCUGUCUGUGCAAACAUUUACCGCAAUCGCCUUCAAUGCAGUUCCAUACACCAGCACCGUUGACGCCACUUCAACAGGGGCCACCACCCCAAACCGUACAAAGCAAUGAAUCGCUGGCAGUGCCAGAUCUCAUAACGCUGGUGCCCCACACACUGAACCACCAACCGAUGCAGAACGAGUAUUUGGUGAUGUUUGAUUCACCGUACCAAUCGCCACAAGCGCAGCAGCCACAGCAACACCACCACCAGCAGCAGCAGCAUCAUCAUCUUCCGUAUCUCCACCUAUCACCGCACCAGCAGCAGCAGCAGCAGCAACAGCAGCCGCAACAUCCUUACAAUCAACAGCAGCCGCACCAGCACGAGCAGCCGCAGCAGCAAAUUGCUGCUGCCACAUUCCAGCCGAGAUGUCUCUACCAUUGCGUUCAAAAUGGAAACGAAACCAAUAACCGAUCAACAUUAUCGAUGACGUACGAAACCAGCUCGUUCACCACACUCCAACCACCGGCGCCUGGUUCGCCGGGAUUUUGGCGUAUUUAAUGAUAUCUAGUAACUGUUCCACUCUGUUUUUUUUGGCUUCUCUUAAUUAUUUUAUUCGAUUUACCUACUUUGUGAGCAGCGAUAGGAAUGCAUUUACGCAUUGAGUUUUACUAUGUGUGGCAAUUGGGGCGAUGGUGUUUCGAGUAAAUGCCCUUUGCUUUUCAUAAUUCACACAGACAACAAUCGUGUGUGUGUGCCUGCAUCAUCUCUAUUCAAUUUGGGGGUACCUAAAAGCAUGGCGACCUGGUACCUUAAGUACUGAUCGUGGAAAACAUUUUCCCCUUUUUUAUAUUAUUUUUAUCUUUCUAUUAAUAUUAUUUUUUAUCGCUCAAAAACACAAACAAAACACUUUCCCCACCUCCUCACAGUCAUGAACGAUUUUCCUCUAUUUUUCUCUAGUAUUCACUUAAUUUUUUUUAAGGCCAUCGGCUCUUACUUUACUAAUUUAAAGUUGGUUUUUGGUACGUUUCUAACACUAUUUUACAUCAUGUUUAUGUAUUGUAGGGAGUAUCAUCAAAUGAUUUUACUGUAAAAUGCAUAUACCGUGUUUUUAAUAAAUAAUCUUCCUAAAGCAUA